UCACUCCCUGUGUUCAACAUGGCAGUCGGCAAGAAUAAGAGGCUGACCAAAGGUGGCAAAAAAGGUGCCAAGAAGAAGAUUGUGGAUCCUUUCUCCAAGAAGGACUGGUAUGAUGUUAAGGCUCCUGCCAUGUUCAACAUCCGCAACCUGGGCAAGACCUUGGUCACCAGGACCCAGGGAACCAGAAUCGCCUCUGACGGUCUGAAGGGCCGUGUGUUCGAGGUCAGUCUCGCCGACCUGCAGAACGACGAGGUCGCCUUCCGCAAGUUCAGGCUGAUCACCGAGGACGUGCAGGGCAAGAACUGCCUGACCAACUUCCACGGCAUGGACCUGACCCGGGACAAGAUGUGCUCCAUGGUGAAAAAGUGGCAGACCAUGAUUGAGGCCCAUGUGGAUGUGAAAACCACAGACGGUUACCUGCUCCGUCUCUUCUGUGUGGGCUUCACCAAGAAACGCACCAACCAGAUCCGCAAGACCUCCUACGCCCAGCACCAGCAGGUCCGUCAGAUCCGCAAGAAGAUGAUGGAGAUCAUGACCCGUGAGGUCCAGACCAAUGACCUGAAGGAGGUGGUGAACAAACUGAUCCCUGACAGUGUAGGUAAGGACAUUGAGAAGGCCUGCCAGUCCAUCUACCCUCUGCACGACGUCUACGUCAGGAAGGUGAAGAUGUUGAAGAAACCCAAGUUUGAGUUGGGUAAACUGAUGGAGCUGCACGGUGAGGGUGGAACCAGCACCACCGCUGCCAAACCCUCUGGAGAGGACACUGGAGCUAAGGUGGAGAGAGCCGAUGGCUACGAACCCCCCAUCCAGGAAUCUGUCUGAAGCUCCUCCACACACAGAGUCCAAGUCAAUAAAUAAAAGUGUAAAUUUGAAAAAUGA